UUUACUUUUUUAAUUAUUUUUCUUCGAUCUAGGGUUUGCAAUGAAGCGCUGCGAGCCAGAUUCCAAGAACAAACUAGAGAGAAAAACCGUUGAAAAAAAUCGAAGGAUUCGAAUGAAAGCUCUUAGUUUUAAGCUCGUUUCCAUCAUUCCCGAUCGCCAUUUCAGCCAACCCAAGGAAUUCUUGUCACAACAAGAUCAGAUAGAUGAAGCAGCUGCUUACAUCAAGAUCUUGACAGAGAGGAUAGAAGAAUUGAAUAGAAGAAAGACACAACUCAUAAAUCAUGGCGCAACGACAAACUACAUAGCUAGAACUUCUUCAAAGCCUCCAAUUCUGACAGUGAGGGAGUUAGGUUAUGGUGUGGAGGUGGUGUUGAUCAGUGGCCUAAACAAGAAUUUCUUGCUAAGUCAAGUGAUUAGCGUAAUCGAACAAGAAGCGGCUGAAGUUCUCACCAUCAACGUCUCUCGUGUUGGCGACAGCAUCAUCCACACUCUCCAUGCUCAGGUUAAAAUUUGCAGGGUUGGAGUGGACAUUUCAAGAAUAAGUGAUAGGAUACAUGAGAUCAUUUCUUCAAACCUGCAAAAUUUCUUUUUUAAAGGAAAUUGAGACCAUUAUUUAUGCAAUUAUAAUUUCCUAGUAAGUGUUAAGGAUAUCAGACUCAUUUCU